AUGACAAAGGCGUCUACGUGCAUAUACCACUUCCUUGUGCUAAGUUGGUAUGUUUUCCUCAAUCAUUACAUCUCAAUACAAGCAGAAGAUCCGAAGAAAUUAAAAAUCUUUGUAAAUGGUGGACAGUGGAAGUACUUGACCUUCCUUAAUCUGUUAUUGCAGGCCAUUUUCUAUGGGGUUGCCUGCCUGGAAGAUGUGCUGAAAAGAAUUAAAGGGAAAAAAGACAUAAAGUUCCUUACUACCAUGAGAGACCUGCUUUUCACCACAUUGGCUUUCCCAAUCUCCACAUUUGUAUUUUUGUCAUUCUGGACUCUCUUUCUCUACAAUCGAGAACUUGUUUACCCAAAGACCUUAGAUGACCUCUUUCCAGUCUGGCUGAAUCAUGCAAUGCACACUAGUAUAGUGCUACCCUCCCUGGUUGAAAUCAUCCUCAGGCCGCACUGCUACCCAAAGAAGAAGAGGGGCCUCUCCUUGUUGGCUCUUGCUUGUUUCGCUUACAUUACCAGAGUCCUGUGGAUCUACGCCGAGACUGGGACGUGGGUGUACCCCGUGUUUGCCACACUCAGCCCGGUGGGCAUGGCAGCGUUCUUCUUUUUCAGCUACGUCCUGGGUGGCAGUAUUUACUUACUGGGAGAGAAGCUCAACCACUGGAAAUGGGGUGACACAAUACAGUCAAAGAAGAAGAAGUGA